AUGUCCAGCUUCUUCUUUCCCGACGCGGAUAUGCCACUGAUGAGCGAGCCCGAUGGUUAUGGCAACUACUAUACGACGAGCGUCGGGCAGUCGACACCAAGCAUUGUAUAUUCCCCACCUCUUCAAUCAACGCAGAGUUUACCUAUGGUCCAACCCCACCAAGCACAAUACUACCAACAGCCUCAAUAUGGUCCCAACAUAAGCUCCAGUUAUCCUCCUCAAUCAUUAUGGGCCCCGCAACAUUCGUCGACACAUUCAGUUCCAAUGUCGUAUGCAACGUAUCCGCAACCAACUGGAACGCUGGCUCCGACAAGUUCCCUUACGGUCGGGUCCUCGAUGUACUCAACCCAGCAUAUGGGCCAAACGCGGGCAUCACGGUCACCAUCCGCAGCUUCUCUUGGAAGUUACACAAGGGAAGACGGCACACGAGCUACGUACUCGCGAUCUCUAUCACCAAACGCGCCAGACCUCCGUGAAUACGGCUAUCUCAACAAGAACGGCACCUGGACCUGUGCGUACCCAGGCUGCACAUCCCGAGCAGCCUUCACAAGAGGCUGCGACCUAAGAAAGCACCACAAGCGUCACACGAAGUCAUUUUUCUGCCGCCAUGAGGGAUGUCCGCAAUCCACGGGUGGCGGAUUUUCGAGCAAGAAAGAUCUCGCGAGACACGAAGCAAAGCACAACCCAGGUGUUCUGUGCGAAUGGAGCGGCUGCGAUAGAGUCUUCAGCCGAGUCGACAAUAUGCGCGAUCACGUCAAAAGGAUACACCUGAAAGGCGCCCAAACACCGCCUCAGCAGUGA